AUGGCCAUAUUGGAAGAGUUACUUGACCUCAGCUUCGAUUGUUACACGAUGAAUCCCCCAAUUCGAACCUUCAAAAGGGAAGAAAAGCAAGCUUGUAUGUUCGACAUGGAAAAUUUUAUAGAUUUGUCUUCUAAUAUGUCUUCCGGUUUUGCUAAGCAAGAGCGUUAUGAGUCCUCGAUCUGCAGGUUGCCUGCUUACAACUACAGACAGCCCUUCUUUCCAGCAGUUCCUCGACUCUCGCAUUUUGGUCCUUAUUUAAACCGUAAGUUCUUUUUGUUUUACUUUUAUACCUUUCUCUCUCUUUUUUUUUAAUCGCGUAAGAAGAGAAAUAUUGUGGCAGAAGUGUUGAAGUGACUUGCUCCUAGUUAUUUCCAGCCACUCUAGAGGAUUGCAAGCCCGCGCAAGUAAUUGAAAUUUCCAGAACUUGUGAAAACUAAGUUGUUUAUUCAGCGCUUUUGUUUGCGUUGUUUUAUUUUUCUCAUGGCUACGUCAUUUUCUUUUGAUUGUUUUAAAUCUCCUUCGUUUUUAAAAAUGAUGACAAGUUCGUUGAACUCGGAAAUUGAAGAUUAGUUUUUAGUGAGAUAUUGUUGUUGACCUCAAUGGCGUUGUAGGUCCGUCCUUGUUACAAUUACGUUAUAUUCGAGUAUGUCAAAAGCCUCUUCUGAGCUUUAAAAGAUAACUGUCUUAGUGCGUUUUGACUGUCUGUACAGCAAGCUGUUCACAUUAAUUAUUUACAAUGGUUUUGACGAAAAUGCUGUUUCCAACUUUAAAUCUUUGACGGUGAUUCCAUGUGAAAUCGGCGUUAAAACUUAAAAUAUAAUAUUUUGUAGUUCCUUUUAAUCUAGUUACCUGGAUCAAAUCUCUUUUAACUACAUAUUUAGCAGUUAAACGCAUUUUAAACGUUAACUCUGAUAAUUUUCUGCAACCGCCGUAAAUAAACUCUUCGAACUUCAAUAACGCUCGUCGAGGCUCCAAAAAAAACAGGUGUCCAAAAAGAUGGUGCUUCUGAAACUUUUGCAAUACUUUUAUUUGUUGUUUGCAAUUUGUUUUACUAAAUCCUGAUUUCAGUUUCCUUUCCUAGGCUCCAUCGCAAAGACUACGUCAUUCAUUGUUGUUUUGGGAAUAUUUUGAAACACCUUAACAGAUCGCCUUUUAUUUCGGGGAACCCAACCGGACGAACCGUUAUUUAGCUAAAAUGAUAUGGAUGUAAAUUUUGUGAUUUCUUUUCUUAACUGCGGAAGUUUUAGCUCAUCGAGAAGGUAGCUAGGAUGAUAUUUUCCAUCAAUCAAUGAAAAGGUGUUCACCUUUCCAAUAUUAGUUAUUUUUUAAGUGACAGAGGCUAGUAUUUUGUGUGGGCGAGUUAGUUCCUUCCGCCGAUACAAGAUGCCAAUAGACUGCUUAUUAACCGACACUGAUGCCUGAAGCCCUAGGCAAAAGGACCUAUAUGGUGGACAGAAAAGGCUGAAUUGUCCUUAAAGUGCAUUAGCGACAAAGCGUCUCUUCCAGAUAUAACAAAUGAUUCACCCUUCAAGUGUGCAGGCAAAAAUGGUCGCGUCUCUUUUAGAAAUAACCUUUUUCUCUUUGCAAGAAUACUGAAUGCUUCUCUGUGGUAGAGAACUUGGCUUUUGUGAUAAAGUGAAAUAUUGUUUCCUUUUUGACAAUACUUCAUCAUGUUACUAGUUACAGAUAAGGACGAUGUCAUCGUGACCCGCCUCACAAGACCAUGCAUUAACAUGCAACCCAAGUGUGUCGCAGAGAGGAAAACAAAACUAAAACAAGUUAAGUCUGGUGAGAAGGGUGACAGCACAUUACAAAAAGUAGAUUACGCGCCGCAUAACUAACUCGGCCUUUUCUAGUUUCACGGAUAGAGGGCUCUAGUUUUUUUUUAGGUAAUUAGUUGCGAAUUCUUUAUCUGUGAGACAGUCUGACGCUCAAUGCAUUUGCUGCUUGCCGACGUAAAAUACCACGGGUCAAUUUAAUAAAACUGUUACACGUACACGUGUGAAAGUUUUAUUAAAUUGACCCAAGAUGAUUAGCCUGUGUACAGCCGCCCCUAGGGGCGGCUGUACACAGGCUAAAGGUGAUAGGCGAUUUAACAAUUAUUCCACGAGUGCGCGUUGGACAAGAGAUGGUAGACAGCCAACUCGGCACGUUGUAAAAACAACCGAUUUUCAGCUUGUUUUUAAUUUUGACCAGACGCGUACAGUUACCAUACUUGGAGAGCAUGGUAUAAUGCAUGGCUCAUAUACCAUGAUGGCUAAGCCAAUCAGAGCUCUAGAGUUGCAUUAUCCAAUAAUUCAGGUUUUAAUAAAAAGUAGUAUAACACGCCAUCAUGUAAAGGCAUUGUAGCUAGGGAAACACCUGUAAUUAAGGGUACCUGCAAGCAAGUAAACAGCUGCAACUCACAAGAAACAGCAAGAAAAUGUCAGGAAUAAUUAGUCUAACAGACAAAUGAGGAGUCAUAAAAAGUGUCCGCAUUACAGAAAGGAGCCACUUUUUUGGAGGUUAUAAUAAGAACAAAACGGAUCCAGUGUUCUAUAGGGAGAACAAUGGCAGGCGCAUUGCCAAAGGAAGGGACAAUAUACCAUGCAUUGUAUUACAGAAAAAAUGAAAAUGCGGCCAUUAUUGAGGGAAAAAAAACGCUAACUUGUAGCCUAAAAUAGAAUGGAAGCAGUUGAAACUGAAGGGUACAUUCAAAUGGGUUCCCCUUGCGCUUGAAUGACUUCUUCUCCCCGAUUGUACGACUUCUCAUGUAGUGUUCUUUUCAGUCUGCACUAAAGCGACUUCUCUUUGUUCUCAGUUGGGCCUGUCCCUGACAUAAAAUAGUCUCUCCCCUAAAAAUAGCAUGGCGUAGAUUGUGAAUGGCAAAAAAUAGUCUUUUUAGAAGUCUUGCAAGAUUCCCUUUUGCAUUCAUUUUGCACCCAGAUGGAUUUUCUUUGUUCUCUAAUGCGUUCCUGGAAGAAAAGGGUCUCUGUUUUAAGGUAAAGAAAGUAAUGUAGAGUGUGAACUGAUCGUAGUAAAAUAAGGCUUUUAAACAGUAUGCAAAAGUUUUCUUGCACUUAUAACAAAAAACAAAAGAAGUAUAGAGAGUGAACAUUGUAGCAAAAUAAGGCUUGUUCGACGUGAUGUAAGUUUCCCUUUUUCACUUAUAUAUAUUAAAUGGGUGUCUGACUCAAAAGAGUCUUUUUUUCUGAAAUUUAAAAAAAGUAUACUGUGAACAUCGCAGAUACGUUUCGUCAAUUGUUAUGUAACCAAUUUACCUUUGGGACUUGCUUGGGUAAUCCUUAAUCUUGACACACAAAUGGGCCUCUUGUCUAAAAAUAGCAAAGAGGUAGAGAGUGUGAACAUCGUAGCAAAAUAAGGCUUGUUAGACGUUAGUCAAGAUUACUUUUUGCACUUACAUGGGUUUUCUUUUUUCUCAAAUGGGUUCCAAGAACCAUAAGUAUACGAGCAUGGUAGUAAAAUCAGCAGUUUGUUUGCAGCGAUGUCACUUUCAAUUCUAGCUAAUAAAGAACAGUAUGAUAGAUUUCAUCAUUGUAGGUGUCGUAAAAAAGUAAUGAGAUCGAAGUUGAAGAUGUCCAUUUUCAUUGGUUGGAAAAAUAGUUGAAGAAAAUGUAACAUGUGAAAACUCAUAGAGAAGACAGAGAUUUUUGUUUCACUCCGGAAAAUCCUUUCUUCAGUAUGUAGGAAGAGAAAAUGCUAACCACGUUUGAUUACAAACUUUUAGGGAAAAUCUGACACCGGCAAAGUGCUCACAGCGUCUCGACACUCACUGAUGAUCGAUAUAGAAGCGACGUAACUGAUAUGUGAAAAGGGCAUUGAAAUGUAGUUUUAUCUAAUUGUUUGCUAGAAAACGGUAAAAAUCCUCAAGGCACUGUCCCUAAAGCCGAAUUUAAGUUGCACUUAAGUACUCAUCCUUAGAAUGCUAAACAGCUCAGGAGAAAACACCUGUGCACGUUUUGCACUUGCACAAACAAAGAGAAACUAACACUUAAAAAGCGUUAACAUUUCUUUAAGAAUUACACAUAUUGAAGAAUUCUCUCAGUGGUUGAUGACUAAAAAUUAAUUAUUAUAUUUCAAACCGUCACUUAUGCCUGCAUAUUUCAAUGCUGGUGCAGUGUGGAAUUCCUGUAAAUUGAAACACUUUUACAGCUGACAAAUGAAAGGAGUGUCAUAGUUUAACAAAGCGACUGCCUAUUGAGAACUUCCCCAUUUUUUUGUGUUAGCUGCACUAGGACUAUAAACCUUCAUCCUCUGUUGCAGAAAAGAAGGUUCAGACAUCAGCACAGUCUCCAGAUUUCGCCUGUCACAUUAACAAUCGAUCAAACUUGAAGAUGUCAGUCCACUUACUUUCUACCCGUCCUUAGUGAGAGAAACACUAGCUUACAGUUACACAACGUUUUUCAAGAAGAGUUCUCACUUCCAUUUAUAUAUUUCCACCGACAAAACACUGGUUAGAUUUUCAUUUAAUACUUAUUCCUCUUGCCUCCCUUCAGGAUCUCAUUCACACGCUUAGGCAAAAGUGACACCCAGUUUUGAACAGCAUUUAAACAGCACUCCCAAAAUACAGUUUAUAAAUUAGUAGCUUUUACUUUGGUCCAGAGAGACGUUGGUACACCGUCAAGUAAACAUCGCUAAGUUUACUGUUGAAGCCUACCAAGAGGAAUUCACUGAUUUCAAUGGUCACACUUAAAGACUCCAUGCAGGGCGCAGACUUAAACGUAUUUUAAAUAUUACUAACUUCUACAGCAUAAUAAACAGAACCACGAGAAAGUACUGCUCAGUAGCUUUAAUUUGAAUGGUCACGCUUAGGGAUUUCAUUCACAUACUCAAAAGUUAGAACCACCUUGUACAGCAUGGUAAACAGUACCACAAGAAAGUACUGUUCAGUAGCUUUCAUUUGAAUUGUUACACUUUAGGAUUCCACAGUAUAGACUCAAAACUUAGAACCACCUUGCACAGCAAAUUGCCGUACUACAAGAAAGUACAGCUCAGUAGCUUUCGUUUGAAUGGUCAUAUAACUUUGGGAUUCCAUUCACGACUCUAAAGGUAGAACCCCCCUGUACAGCAUAUUGCCGUACCCAAGAAAGUACUGCUCAAUAGCUUUCAUUUGAAUGGACACACUUACGGAUCUCAUGCACAGAUAGUGAACAGGACCAGAGAAAAGUACUGCUCAGUAGCUUUCAUUUUAAUGGUCGCUUUUUAGGAUUGUACAGUGUAAUCAUCAGUAUUACAAAAAAGCACUGCUCAGUAGCUUUCAUUUAAAUGGUCAUACUUUGGGAUUCCAUUCACAGACUCUAAAGUUAGAACCACCUUGUACAGCAUAAGCAGUGCCACAGGAAAUCACUUCUUAGUAGCUUUCAUUGAACUGUGCUAACACUUUAGGAUUUCAUCCACAGACUCAAAAGUUAAAACCAACUUGUGCAGUAUAAACAGUACCACAGGAAAGUACUGUUCAGUAGCUUUUAUUUGAAUGGUCCGUGCUUAACGAUUUCGUGCACAGAUUCAAGACCUUAAUGAAUUGGCAUGUUUCUAUGGUAUAGCUUAUGGUAUCUUAAUCAAGAUUACCCACAAAUAACCAAAUAACCAGCAGCAGCUUUCAAGACUGUAGCAACCAGUCAGGAACAACUGGACUAAGCUGCAGGUGACAAAGUUCUAAGAAGAUCUAUAUACCUCUUCAUAGCCAGACUGUCAAUCCUGUUAAAUUUAAAGUUGGAGUCACCUUGUACAGCGUAAUAAACAGCACCUCAAGCUAGUACUGUCAAGUAGCUUUCAGUUAAACAUUACUUAGGGUUUCACCCAUUUAAUUUUGAGAAACACUUUCGGAAAGUACUGUUCAAGAACAUGUAUUUGGCGUGUGUAUUAUAGUUUUAAUUUUCCACUGGCUCGAAAAGUGGCCUUCCUUCUAUCGGUACCACUGGAGUGAACACUGACAGCGCAGCUACAGCUAAUGAACUGCACAAAGAUAUGUCGUACUUGCCAAAGAGCUUUUUUAUGUUAUGCUUUUUUAUCAAUGUUCUUAGUUCAAAUGUUUGUACAUGCUAGGAAGUUAGAAGCGGCUUGAAUGAAAUGAUAAAAAGUUUAAAUAAGAAAAGUCUCAGUGCUCAGUAACUUAAGUUUGAUCCACAGACUAAAAGCCAGAAAGCCGUUCUUCAUAGUAGCUGAAUUUUCUUUAAAUAAGGCAAUGCAUGUCAAAAAUUGAGGCAAAAUAGCUCCGGAAACUAGAACGGUUUUAUUCGAUAAGCUAUUUGCAGGCAAUUGUGUCGUAGCAGUGCACAACGAGGUUGGUGUGUGACGAGGUGUGAAACGAAUGAAUGAAGCGGACAGAUGUAAUGCAGAUCACUGAAUUCUCUUCAAAGAUAUGUCUUGAAAAGAUUUUAUUAUUUUUCAACUUCGAAACUCGGUGAAAACUGCCGACCAGAAUUCCGUGAGACGCAUACCGUAUUUAUUGAAAGACAGAGGCUUAUCCUAUUUAAGAAUCAAACGAAAAUCGGGGCAGGAUAAAAUUUUUUUCGUGUUCCGCUGUACCAGAAAAAAAUGCCAAGAUGUCUAUAUACAGAGUGAAUUUGGUUCUAAUAUUUCGGUCUUAGUAGGGAUUUUCGUCUUGCUUUUUAGUUCAAGGAAAUUAUUUUUAAACAGUAGACAUUCUUGCAAAUGAACAGUUGCUUAGCAUCCUCCAAAUUGAACUAACGAGCGAGAAGGGAGUGUGAAUCAGGUUCGGAUCCAGAAAAUUCAGAAAGGGGCGAUGAGACACUGGCCAGCUAUUAAGAUGCUACUUAUUAUUAUUAUUAUUACUUCUACUAAGAACUACGUGAGAAUUCUUUAAAAACAAAACAGAAUUUUACAGAAAAAGGGGUGGACGCGGUCCACUAAUUCCGCAAAUGUGAAUGUGAUUCUCGGAACAAUUUAUCUUUAUCUGUGAAAUCUGUCUUUUCCUGCUUCGGCAUAAGCAACGGGAAGAGCAAGAACUGGAAAGCGACUGGCUUGGAAACAGUUCGAAAGGCCUGCUCGCAUGUCUUUUAGUACCGUGGCAGUGAAAUCUAAAGACGAUUCGACAAUGAGCUUCAAUGUGAAUUGGAAGUUACCUUCAGAACAGAAAAUACUGACUGGUUAACAGUGAAUGUGAAGCCAGACGGAACCUGUCCAAAAACUUUGCAGCGUUUGUAUUGUGAAUACAGAAUAUCUUAUGAACGCUUUUUUACGUGAAUAAUCAUACGUAUAAUAUCUACAUACAAUUUUCUUGUAGUUAUAAAAUAGAUUUUCCCUGUAAUAAAUUACUCUUUUUUGUGGUUUCCACGAACAUUAACGAGAAUUAAUACUUGCGAAAAAAGAGAAUGCGAAAAUUGAGGGCACGAACAUAAAUCUGUUCGGAAGACGAUUUGAGAUCUAGAAUUUUCGGAACAUUUGUUGUAAAAUUUCUUGCUUGCCUGCCUCUCCUAGGAUUUUCGAACAUCCAAAACAUGGUAUAAUUGCCCAUUUUAAACCGAUUUUUACCCUAGAAAGGUCACCUAGAAUUUUCGGGAACCUUUUCUUUGGCUGAAAUUUUCGAAAAGGUAAGUUUUGAUCCCUGUAAUUUUCGGAUCACUAGACUUUCAGCUAGGAAAUCCGAACAGAUGAAAAAUUUUUAGGGGAUAAAAAUAUGCUUAUACCUACCGUUUAAAUACUAAAAUACGUUCAACAAUGCUAUGUUUAAGUGGUUUUGAACAAUAUUCUCGUUGGGUGCCCCUGACCAUAAUCUUUAAGUAAACACUGAAUCUUGCAGGUUAGGUAGCUCAUUGAUCAUUUUGUAAAAUCAUUCAGGUUUCUGUUACGCGAGGAUGCAUGUUUCUUCAGUUCUUGCGAUGUUAAGAAGUUUUAGAUGAUGUUUUUUUUCCCCUGAUAUUUGAAACAUUUGAUGCCUUUUUUGAUUAAUUCUCUCUCCUCCUGAACGCGAUCCUCCAUUCCUUGAACCAGGGUUUUUUAGCAUUGUUGCGGAAAAAAAUGACAACUUGUAGUAAAAUUGCUUUACUGUGUAGUACGGGGAAAUCAAAGAGAAUUUUGGGUUUUUUUGGUAUUUGCAUACGAUGCCUGAUAGUCGUUGUGUGACUAAAAUCUCUCGGCAAAUAGUUGCUCUUCUUGAUCCCAGAACAAAAGCCGCCAACAUCGAGAGACGCCAUAUACAGUGUAUUCUUUGAAUUAUUUAUUUCUAACCCCAAAAAAUAUAUAUCCAGACCAGACGUAUAUGUUAAUUUUUCUCACAUUGUUCUAUAGUUUUUUUAAAAAAAAAUCUUCAAAAGGUGUCAAAUUUAUCACUUGAAAUUUAGCGAGUUUUCAAAGUUUCAAAAUUUAAUUAUGCGACAAGCUUGUUUUCCAAGGGAAGGUGGUGUUUCACGCGGGGGGGCUGGCUAGGCGUUAUCGCUUGAAUUUGGCGUUUCUGGUUAUUUCAUUUUUAUCACGAUAUACGGGUUACAGAAAAACGUGACAAUAGAAUAAGGCCUUUUUUCCAAAGUUAUUUUAAAUUUUGUCUGAUGAAUUUUCAUCCGGGUCCAUUUUUUUAACAAAAAAAGAGAAAACAAAAGAAUUUAUGUUUAUCUUUUACUCGAAGCCCUGCAACAAGUAUGGGCCGCCCCUGAGUAAAGGAAAGAACGAGGCGGUUGUCGUGGCGAAGUGAAAGGCGGUUGCGAAGUUUGCUGUGUUGUCAGCAACAACGAGGUAAAAUUCUUCUCCAAGGCGACAGUGUAGUCAAGGUUACGAAGUCCUUCCCAGCAUUUCCUUCGAGUAAUUAUUCCACAACCGGUAUGGUAGAACUUGAAGUACAAUUCCCUGUAUAUUUCUGUGUAUUUUGCUGUUAAUUUCACUCAAUGUUUCCACCUUCGAUUUGUUGCCUUUCACGCGCGCUUUUCGCGUUCUGAUCUCAAGCUUUCUUUGUCAUGACGAUGAAGAGAAAUCUAGUUUUUCUACAGCCUCCACUUGCACCGAUAGAGCGUUGUUGUUUAGCUUUGGUUCUCUGUUUUUCUACGUGGAAUAAUAUGUCUUGCGAUGGAUCUGUGGAACGUUUAUUGUUAACUACGUAAGUGCUAAAUUUUCGUGCGUAGUCGAACGAAGCAAUACACGUUUCAAAUGCGAUCUUUGAAAGUCCAUGUUGACAUGUGUAUUAUCACAAAUACAGAAACCUUUCUUGUUCGAUUUCAUUCUCAGAUCGCCCAAUGGCGACUCCACAGCCCCAGCCAAACUUUGUUCCACAGAACUUUGAUUCUGGCGAAGUGAAAUCCCAGGCUGCCCCGACCAGCAAUGUGGUGUCUUCCCCGCAGGAUUUCUCGCAACAAGUUGCGACUGCUACGGCCGCUAUGUCGCAUAGCAUUGUAGCAGCCUCGCAAAAUGUUUCCCCUUCACCGCACCAAACUAACUUGCCGGUGAAUACUGUAACUUUAACCGUGCAACCGUCACAGAUACAGACUCCUCAAGGAACUAUGCAACCAACACAGAUAAUCACAGCCAAUGUAAUAACCAGCGACGAAUUUCAAGCAAAGGAAGGUAUAUUUACUUUCAAAUCCGUGUAGCUAGAUUGAAGUAAACCUUUGCACGAUCAAUUCCGCGUUUAAAAUGCUUUAUUUUACUUGGUGAUACCGUAUACAGGAUAUUUUAGUGAUUAUUAAAAAUGCUGUAGCCAUUCAUUGCGUUUACUUUUAUUUUCAUUUCGCUGUAGGUUUCCCAACAGCAGAAGUCCAUUAUGUGGAAGCUCCCUCAGAUCACACGAUGUACCCCAACGGAACAACGUAAGCUUUAUUUCUUACAUUGCAAGAAGUGUUACAGCAUACUGAAAAUAUUGCUGUUUGUGUAUCUGGUCGGUAUCUCACUAACUGAGGGGCGAUAGCACCAUCGAAUGCCUGCUUUGUUUGCCUGUAGGGACACGUUGUGAACACCUGGCAUUUUCAAUAAGAAAACACAUGGAACUGAAAAAUGAUUGUCGGCGUUUAAGUUUUUGUUUUUCCUGAAGCAAAACCUACUUGCAGCAAACGAAAAAACCUUAGUCCUGCAAAAGAAAUAAUCGAUCGAUGACUACAAAGAAAUUUUCAGCCACCCACAGACAGGCCAAGUUCAUCUGAAGCUCAGCCAAUUUGAAAAUAACAGGAUUAUUAUGGAUACAUACAUUUUAAUUUAUGGUAAUCAACCACCAUAUAUGGCAAAGCUUCAAUACCUUCCAAACACAAAAACAAAACACUCAAUUUAUUCAGAAUUUGGUUUUAAAAGCAGCAAAAAAUUAUUGUGAGUAAAAGUUGGUCAAAUUCUGGCUCUAACUGCUGUAAUUAUUUCUUGUGUACAUCAAAAAUGUGCAAACUCAGUUGUAAAACUUUGAAAUAUUGAUUUAAAUUAUUGUGAAAUUCUGCUUUGGCAAUCACCAUAGAAAUUUCUAGUGGUCUUGGAUAUUGUUUUUUCUCAACGUGAUGUUAAAGCAAUUUUUGCAUUUAAUUUAACUUUAAACUAUUGGCUGAACCAUGUUUAUUUAUACAAGUUGGAUUAAUAUUCAAGAUCUAACAUUUUUACCAAGAAACCAAACUUUUUUCCAUGGCAACACAUGAAGCCUUUGUGAAUGAAUCAAUGAGAAGAAAAAUCAAUUUUGUGAGCUUGGUUGAGUAGAAAGAUCAAAGCAGGCAGGGACAGACUUUGAUCUCUGUUCUUAAACAUUUUAUGGCAAGUUUAUCACACAUGAUGCCUGUCUCUACGUAUAUGUGAGUUUCAAAUCAUUUCUAACAUUUUCUAAACUGCUUUCCUAGCUUUUGGAUCGUAGCUAGUAGUGUAAGAGUUUAUUUAUUCUCACGUGAUAUUGCUUUGGGGGUCAUGCACAGUGAAGGUUCCAAGUUUUUCUGUUUUGUUUCAUGGCUAUUUCAUUAAUAGUCAGUUCUAAAAAGCUUUCAAGGCAAAAAAACUUCACCUAAGGUAUCAUCUUAUUCAAAAGAGAGUUGUUUGGAUCUGGUGUUUUAAAGGAAACAUCUAGUUAAAAAGCAGCAUGGGGACGCAUUGUCUGAUAUUAAUAUAAGGCCUUUGAUAUAUAUUUCUCCUCUUUCUAAUUUGAAAUCUCUAUCUCAAUCUUUAAGUUUUUUUAGUGUAGUUAAAAUAUGAAAUAGGACCAUUUUCUGAAAAUUACUUUGAAUUUGGUUGUUUCUCUCCAAAGCUGAAUUCUAGAACAUUUGCCAAGUUAUUUUUAUUAGUAUUCUUUAUUUCUAUAGCCUUGAGUCAUGCACUAAAUAUAAACUUGCCCUUAUAUUUUGCCAAGUGAAAGUUAUUGAUGGCCACCCCAAAAUAAUUUCAGAAGGCAAAGCAAUCAGUUGUUACCACAAAAUUUGUGGUUCUCAGCUGUUUACACUGUAAAUUGCAUAAUUCCCUCAAUUAGUGUGGUUUAACCUCUCAUGUACAUGUACAUGCAUAAUAAUUUUAUGUGACCUUCCUGUAAGGAUGGUUAAUAAUCAAUUAUUUUAAAAUCAGCAUUUUAGUGAGAAGGAUUUCACUUCUGUUUCAUCAAGAUCAAGAAAACUUCCCCAGAACUUUAGAACUCUUCAAUUCUGAGAUUGAGUUGUUGAUUCUAGCAUUAUUUAUUAUUUAAAAGUUUUAUAGGGGGAGGAGGUAAGGUGCUAUUUGUCACAUGUGCAUGUGCAGGUUUUGUUAGAGAGAGUGGGCAACUAUGCCGGGUUGAGUGCUUUUACGUAGAAAAAUAAUACGGCCAAGCCCCACUUUGUGAACACCCGCUUAAUAUGGACACCUCAUUAUUUAGUGGUGUAACGAUUAAUCGAAUUCUCGAUUAAUCGCAAUUAUGACUGUUCGGUUCGAUUCAGGAUUCUUUGCUUCCACAUUUCGAUUUUGGUUCGAUUUUUGCACACCUUUUCCAGGGUGCUCUCAGUGAGUUAUAAUAUUGUAAAAUCAGAAUCCAGAACUCUUUAAAAUGUGCGUUUUUGAUUGACGAGCAAAGACGAUAGCAGUUCGUGCGCCAGUUUGUGUUGCCUGGUAAAAAUGCUGUCCUUCAACCACCCCUGAGAAUUUCCAAAUAAGGCAAACCAUGUGCGACACGCUCUUUGUCAGGUUCUCAAACAUGGCGACGAACCAAGCGACUGUGAAUCCUCCUGUCCCUGUUACUAUUCUCAAAUUGAGGGUUUAGGGUUGCAUGUUAAUUGUUACCAUUAUGAGUUAUGUUAUAAGAAUUAAGAAACAUUUACAUAAUCAAAUCGAAAUAAUCGAAAAUCGAAAGCCAAUGAUCGAAAUCGAAUCGAAUCGCAAGGAAUAUGAAUCGUUACACCCCUAUCAUUAUUAUUGAAAGUUUUCUUUGUCCCUCGGAAAAAGAUCUUGCAUUUUCUCUAAACUCAACCUGCUUAAUGUGGACACCCCGUUAACAUGGACUUUUUUAAAGACCCCCUCAGUGUCCAGAUUUAUAGGGUUUAAAUGUAGUAAUGAUUUGCUAUUUUUCAAUGCUCAACCAUCUGAUUAUGUUCAAAUGCAACUACGGUUACUCACUAUAACAUGGGUACUUUCUUGAGGGAACUCAGAGGAUCAUUUUGUUUUUGGAAAACAAGAGAACCUGAGGUUUUCUUCCCCUACCAGAUCAUCAAUAACUUAGAGCUUGCAAAAAGAGUAUUCAAAAUCCUUAAUUGUUAGGGACUUUAAAUAACUGAUUGUGUAAGCUCCAAGUAAUAAUAUUGUCCUUUAAAUGGCCCUUGACCUUCGCAUUGCUUGGAUAACCCCAUCAAAGAUGAAGAUGGCAUGGUGAUUCUACAUGUACAUUGUAUCCUUAGCAUUGACAGGAUAAUAAAUCCUGUGUCCUUAACUUACUAGUACUUUGGGAUACCGUAAAAUUCCGAAAAUAAGCCCCGGGGCUUAUAUUUUUCAAAGGCCCUUUUUGAGGGGCUUAUUUUUGGAGGAGCUUAUAUUCGGAGGGGCUUAUCGACGAAGGGAAAUUUGCGUUUCAAAAUCGAUUGGGCUAGCCUUAUAGUUGGAAGUAAAUUUACCGUUUUUGCUUUGUUUUCCUUUGUAUUUAACGGCAAUUUUCCAAGUACAAGCCCCUGGGGGGCUUAUGUUUGUAGGGGCGAUUUAACGGAGGGUUUCUUGCAUUACCGGAUUGGGGGGCUUAUACAUGGAGGGGCUUAUUUUCGGAAUUUUACGGUAAGUCAAUGGGGAUGACUAUACACUAGACCAACAGACAGACAAAACUGUGAAACAACAGAUAAAACAGAGCUGUUUGAUUUUUAUUUUCUUUAGGGCAAAUGCCUAUCACUACAAUGAUGGCACAAUGUUUGCUCAGCAAGCAACAACACCCUAUCUUGAUCCUGGGCAACAGAAUUUCACCACUGUCACAACACCAGGGGCUGUCUCCAGUGGACAGACACUCCUCCAAGUUAACACUCCAAGUGGGCCGACCAUGCAGGCUCAGAGACACCCAAUAACCCACACAACCAGGGCGUCUCCUGCUACAGUAAGUGAAAUGAAGGAUAGAAUUGAUUUGCCCAAUGUCAGCGUGACAUGGAUUCGGUUUCCACAUGUUAGUGGGGUUAUGGAUUCCUUGAUCGAGCUAAAUUAGGGAUUCCAUAACCUUGGAUUAUGACAAAAAAAAGUUCCUGGAUUUUGGAUUCCACAAGCAAAAAUUUCCCGCGUUAUGGAAUCCGAGUAACUUAACAUGGCGUGUCACAUGUAUGAACCUACUAAUUUGCCCAUCUGGUUUCUCUGUAGUCCCUCUGGUUGGAGGACCAAACCAGCGUUAUAGAGCUGUCAUGGCUUGAAAUCCCAUUUGGGUCUUCAUUAUUUUCUGUCCCCCUAUCGUGACAUGAUGGGCAUUAUUUUAUCUUCCUCAGUCAGUGUAAACCAUCUUUGUGCCCCUUUCCCCACCCCUACCCUCUUGCGCUAACAGUCAAUAAAUCCCCCUGGAGUAUUUUUCUUCUGCACACUUGAUAGUCUCUAAAGAGAAAUUAGAGGCUUUUUAAACUUCUUCCUUAUUUCUUUACAUAUCUUUAGUUCCAACUAGAAAAAAUUGUAUUUAGUUGGUUUCUUUGCAUCUUUCAGAAAAAAUCAUAUAAAAAUCGUAAAUAACUAUUAAUAAUCUGUUGUGUGUCAUUGUUUAUAAGCUAGCCAUUACCAGGUUUGGAGAGCUUGAGAAAAAUCAUCAUUCAUGGUUUCAUUUGAUGUGAGAUUUUACUCUGCAGCAUAUGUAGCUCACUGGUCUUUUGUUUUUCUCAAGGUACAAUGGCUGGUAGAUAACUAUGAGACAGCAGAAGGAGUAAGCUUACCCCGUAGUACUCUGUACAACCAUUACUUACAACACUGCCAAGCUAACAAGUUAGAUGCUGUGAAUGCUGCAAGCUUUGGAAAACUUAUCAGAUCUGUGUUCAUGGGACUGAGGACCAGACGUCUGGGCACAAGGUAACUGGCCUGUGCUAUUAAACUGCUAUAGCAAAAAUAAAUUAUAUUGUAUUUGUUAUAAAAGAGGGGUGUUUAUUCAAAGGUUGGUGCUUAAUCCAGUGCUCGCACAGGUCAUGGAAAACCUGGAAAGUCAUGAAAUUAAAGAAUUUAAUUUUCCAGGACUAGAAAGUCAUGGACGGGAAUUUAAUAAUACAGUGAAACCUGUAUUAAGUGGACACCCUCUAUUAAGCGGACAGUAGCCAAAGUCCCCAAAUUUAUUUCCCUUAUUUACUUUAAAUCAAACCUUUAUUAAGCGAACACCUCUAUUAAGUGGACAUGGGCACCUAAAAAAUACCUGAAAUGGUCACUUCUAUUGUUUCCAACCUGUAUUAAACGGACACUUGUGAUUAAAUUCCACCACCCAACAUGCCAGACACCGGAAAUGUGAAAGAUUACCUCGAAUUGCCACCCACAAUUUUUUUGAUUUUUACAUUAAAAAGCGUGACUUGACGAACUUAUUUGAUUAGUUUCCCAGUACAGUAUUGUUUUCUAUUUCAUUUUGUUUGUAUAGAGCUUUUUUCACUCAUUUGAUUUCUUCAAAUUUGAGUUGCAAUCUAUGUUUAAGGUACUAUGAUCAACUGGUCCACUUUGAUAGAGAAAUUCAUGCAAACGUAUAUCGUCAUAGUCUCUAGGAGUAUUCUAAAUGUUUCCACUGUUCAUUUGAAUGGCAUUUGACACCUCAUGUGACGUUAUCUAUUGAAACCUGUAUUAGGCAGACACCCUGUAUUAAGCGGACACUACAGUAUUCCCCGAGUGUGUCCGCUAAAUACAGGUUUCACUCUAUAUUGCAAUUGUUGGUCCUGGAAAGUCGUGGAAAGUAAAAGUUAUGUUAGAUAGAUUAAAUACUGCAGAUGUCAAAGCAAGGACAAUGUAAUAUAGAGAGGACUAUUUAUAAAUGACACAGAUUUUAGUAGACACCAUAGUUUGUGUCUGUUGUACUGAGUUAGGUCAGAAAGUACUCUAAAACAAGGAAAGUUUUGAAAAUGUUUGAAAGUGACAGCCAACCCUAAGGACAUGGAAACCUUCAAAAGGUCAUGGAAAAAGUUAUUGAAAGUCAUGGAAUUUGAGAGCUGAAAAGAGUACAAACCUUUUUAAUUGAAAUUACUACUCAAGGGUGGUCACUUUUUGUCUUUGUUGUACUUGUCAAUGUGUUCAUGAUUGUGUGGUUUUGUAUUGCAGGGGUAACUCCAAGUACCAUUACUACGGAAUCCGCAUAAAACCAAGCUCUCCGCUCAAUCAAAUGUCUGAUCAUGAUUCCCAAGUGGCCAUGAGACAGUCACCCUCCACCCAGAAAAGGUAGGUACCUUGUGCCUCAUUUACACUAGCAUAUUAUCAUAAUGGAUGUUAGCAGUAUAUGUACCUCUCUAGUCCCUGGUUGUUCAAAAGUUGGGUAACACUGUUCAGUGGAUAUUUCACUGUCUAGUGGAUAAGUAGCCGGUUAACGGUAGACGUUUCUCCUCGCUCAUCGCCGCUGAGGGACGCUUCGCAAGGAGAGAUUCAUCGCGUUUACAUUUGACCUUUGCCGCCUUUUGUCUUUUGUCUGUCAUUUGUAAACAAUAGCUAGAACAAUGAAACUACUCUGUCGACCAAUGAGUGAGGAGAAAUGUCUGCUGUUCGCAGGCUAGUGGAUAGUGUUACGGAAGUGUUAUCCCCUGGAAAUUGAUUAACCAGUGGGUUGAACUAUCCACCUUGUGGAAAAUAUGUUUGUUUUUUAUCUGUUUCUGGGGAACUGCCCACCUACCCCUCCCCUAAGCCAACAUUUAUACUUACUUCUCACUUAGGGCAAAAUGUUUGCUUAGGGGAGGGGUAGGUGGGCAGUUUCCCAGAAACAUAUAAUGAUCCUUUUAGUGGAUAUUGGGGCUGAAAGGUGUGGUUCGUACAGGGCAUGCAAAACCUGGAAAGUUGGGAAAUUUAAGAAUUUCAUUUUCAGGCCUGGAAAGUCAUGGAAAAUUAAGGUUUUACAGUCAAACCUGUAUACCUGUUAUAUACAGGGUGAAUGCUAUAUAGAGGGCCAUUGGGCAAGUGAACUUAAAAAGUUAUUUGCCUGGCAAGAAAAUCUGCUUGUCCUGGAAAAGCAGAUGGGACUUUUUUCGAACCCUACACAGGAUAGCAAAGUCAAGCUCAAACUUGAAGGGUCACACUAUUAAAAAGAUUUCCUACACAAAGUCAAAAGUCAGAGCUACAUAACCUGUCUCCAUAAUUUUAUUGACACUGAAAGUAAAAGGUUAACUGCUAUCGCUUUUAUUUCCUUAGAUUGAAGCCAGCUACAAGGUUGGAAGCAUCAGAAGCAGGUGAAUCAGCAUCACAAUCACAAGCAGUGUCAACAGACCAGCAGGCACAGCAGAGCCAGAUGCAGCAGCACCAGCAAUACCUGGGUGACGUUACCCAAGGGCUGCCAGAAUUUGAUGAGCUGGACCUUAAGGAUUGCCCUCUUCCAGGUUACGGUCACUUAAUAAUAAUUAUGUACAUGUACAUCUAUAGAGUUUCAUUAAUUUUUUCAUGACAGGGCUCUCAUGCACAGUGUUCUCACCAGGAUUUUGCCUUGGGGAGUCCCAGGGCCCCCUCUUCUGAGAGAUAGGGGCCCUGUAAGAACAUUAGGGGGACAAAGUUACAAAAAAGACACGGUACGAAGAACCUGAGCCCGCACUCCAAAUUGUCUGUUACACGAAGUACCUACCUGAUCCAAUAUGGCGGAAGAGGUGUUUAGGAUACGGAGGAGGAGUUUACAAUGUAGUGGGACGUGCGUGGGACCAAUGAAAGCAAAGGCAACAAAAUUAAAGACUUUGACUCAUUUGAUAUCAUGUUUUUUAUUUAUUCAAACAAACAGAAUGCUUUAGUGUUAGGUUGACCAUUAAAACUACUUAAGUCCGUUUGACUCGUAGCUUGCCCCUGCACCCUAAUGGGCGCAUCUUCUUGGUUUUAAUGCGCCAUUUCAGUUUUUCCUGGGGGAAUCACGCAAGGCCGCGGCCUGGUGAGAACACUGCAUGCACCUUGAAUAACCUUGAGAUUAGUCCUUGAAUUUCCAAAUAAAAAUAAUUAGGCCUUCUGAGUCCUUCAAAGUACACUUCCACCUACAACUUGUGAGCCCCCAACUGUAUAAAAGUAGGCUAGUACUAUCCAGUUACAUGUAUUCCAAACAACCAGGGACACAGUCAUUUACUAUACUUUAAUUUAUGGGCUUUCCUUAUCAACCUGGUGUCACGUGUCAGUUUUUCAGGUGUAUUAAACUCUAUCCAGUACAUAACACAGUUGGUUUGCCUAAUUUUUACUGGAAAAUAACUUUUCCAGUGGAUUAAGCGCUUUCCAACAGUUGAGCCCUCGGGAGCAAUAGAGUGAUUCACCCAGUAGUUGGCAAAAUCCACCUAUAAACUACUGGGACCAAGUGUAUUUUUACAGGGUCGGGUAAAAUUUGAAUCUUAUCCUGCAGGCUCUAGCAUGUCAUCUACAUGUACACUGUGAAGGAGUUUAUAACACUUUGUGGUGCAUCAUGUUAUAAUAUAAUGUAUUUGGGCUUCCUAUGGCCAGAAUAUCCCUUCAUCAAGUCAUUCACAUGGACAUUAAUAUUUUAGUGUGUUUUUCUUAUUACAGAGGGAAUUACCGAUCACGAUCUUGACACUUUUGUUGACAUGUACCGCGAGCACUGUGAGGUAGGCACAAAUAAACUCUCGAAUUUUUUGUUCUCUAUUAGUAUUUUCUGUACGGCUUACUCUUCUAAAGUAGGAUUACAUUUAUUUUAGGUUCCAUUUCUAUGACUAAGGAGAUGCAAAGUUGUUCUUUAUUGAUUUUGGUUUUGUUUGUGUUGAUUUGCACAGGCCUUUCUUGAUGUUGUAGUCAAUUUACAGUUCACACUGGUUGAGUCCUUGUGGCAGACGUUUUGGCGACAUUCAUCAACAGAUACCAAAUCUGGUUCUGGGGCAGAGGAUGACGAAAGUAACCGAGAUGGAGGGUAAGGAUGUAGCGAGUUAAACUUAUUUUAUUUCUAAAUUUUUCAGCAGAAAAGUACAGUGUAGCUAGUAUACACUGUACAUUGUAUAAGCCACCUGAAAAUACUACUUGAAAGCCUUUUAUUUAAAUCACUACACAGUUCAUGAUUUUCAACUUACUGAAAAGAUAAAACUAAAUUACUGUUUUUUUCUGUUUCAUUUUAAGGUAAAAAAUUCUAAUGUUAAACAGACUUCAAACGCUCAAAUUUUUCGUUUGUGUUAAAAGGAAAUAAUUGAAUAUGUAAAAGAAAAUAAUAAGAAAUUAAUGGAGAAGAAAGGGGCUUAUGCAGCUAUAUCUGAAUGUACAUGCUGUUUUGCUUUCUUUAUAUAGUGAUGAUGGAGAGUAUGAGAGUAGACUUUCGCAGUCCAAACUUGUGCAGCUGUGUGACUAUGAACCAAUAGUAACAUUCGUCAAAGCAAGUGAUCACCUUCUUUAUCAAACUCUGGUGGAAAUCCUCAUUCCUGAUGUGCUGCGACCAAUUCCAGGUAUGGUUUUGCCUUUUUAAAUUUAAGCCCCGCUGCAUAUUUUUGUAUGAACAACCCAUUUCAUAAAAAGGAUUAAUAUUAUGGCUUCUUGCUUUUAGCUUCUCUGACACAGGCCGUGCGUAACUUUGCCAAGGGCCUCGAGGCUUGGCUUAUGAAUAGCUUGGACCAAAUCCCAAAGAAAAUGUCAGAUGUCAAAGUAAGUGUCACCUCAUCAGUUACACAAUUAAUUAUUAACUCUUUCUUUCUAAAACUUCCUGAGCUUUUUUUUUUUUUAAAUUUUUUUUUGCUGCCACAAUAAAGUUUUUAACCGGGUAGUAGUGAUUUUUCACUUUAAUUGACUAUACACUGAAGAGGGGAAGAGGAUUUGGGAACUAUUACAACCAGGCCAUGUAUAACCAAACAGCAAUAUUUUUCCAAUUUCAAUGUCCGUUUACAGUGUAUACAAUGUAUUAAUAGUGAGCUUUUAAAAAAGCAAUGAGAAUGCUACAUCUGUAGCUCCGUGACAUCAUGCAACCGGAAGUUCGAUGUCUUGCUUGGUGGAAUGCUUUUCUCUCGCACAGCGAAUCUGAAUACCCUCGUUUUAACUCAUGCUGUACAAAUUUGUCGAGUCAGAGCACUGGAAGAGAGAAAAAUAAUAUGAACUUCCGGUUGCCAUUUCUGACGUCUGGGACAUCAAUGUUCUUAUUGCUUAAGGUGGCUAAUGUUCAAUAAUAUUGUUUUCCUCUGCAGGUGUCAACAUGUAGUGCAUUUGCACAAACUCUGCGUCGUUAUACCUCUUUGAACCACUUGGCCCAAGCUGCCCGGGCUGUGCUGCAGAAUUCCUCUCAGAUCACUCAGAUGUUGACAGACCUGAACAGAGUGGACUUUGCCAAUGUGCAAGUAAGACUUGUGUUUUUUUAUGCUAUUAUAGAGACCUUUAGAUUUGUUGAGGAGGACGGCUACAAGGAACCUCGAGUAUUCUUCAAGCUAGAUCCCCCAGAAAGCUGUUGUUGCUGUCAACAUCGUCAUGGUUUGAAGCUCCCUAUUGAAGAAAGCUCAGCUCUGAGCCUGUGAAAUCCAUGGUGGCCAUGGCCUAGCAUGUGUUUUCUAUAUAGCAUAUGUUAGGUGCCAGGGGUCCCUGGGUGAUGCUAGAGCACAACAUCAUUUGGUAUGAGCUUGAGGAGUCAGCCUUACAAAUGAAAUAUAUGAUAACAGGAUUCAAUUUGUAGGCCAUUUCUGGCAAAUCUGGGACCCAAAAGAACUCCUACAACAGAGGCAAUUUUUUUUUGUUUUUUUAUUUUUUAUUAUUGAAGCUUAAGUCAAUACAAUGCGCAAUAUCAACAGAGAGAGACACUACAAAAAUAUAAUAAAGGUAAUUCAUACAAAGUAUGUUAAAUUAAUAAUCAAAAUAAGAAAAAAACACUAGCAAAAUUCAACUAAACAUGCCACACUUAUGUGCAGCUAAAGUCUCAAGGAUUUUUGAAUGCUUGAAGGCUCUAUGGAUAACUUGUAUUUCAGAAAAGCUUUAAAGGCUAGAAACUAUACGGUUCACUUUCUUUGACAGCGGUGUAGGUAUGGAAAUGAGCAACUGUGAGGCAAAGAUUAUACAUAUAGAAAAAAUGAUUCUCUGGGAGAUAUCCUUAGAUUUUAUCAUUAUUGGUCAGCCACUAAUGCGAGUUAUUGUCGUUCCAUGAAGAGGUAAAAAGGUUCCAGAAGGAGUGGACUUGUUGGCAUUCUACAAACAGACAUAGGGUCUGCAAAAGAGACAAAAUUAGUGUCCUUCACCCCUUUGUUUUUCGCCAACAAUUUUAAUUUUGGUUUAAUUUCUUUUUCCAGGAGCAAGCAUCAUGGGUUUGCCAGUGUGAUGACAGUAUGGUGUAUCGACUGGAGCAAGAUUUCAAACUGACUCUCCAACAACAGGUCUGAUAUCAUGCCCUCUGUUCUUUUUCUCAGACUGAGUACAUUGUAUUCUGUGCAGUUUAAAGAUUGUUAAUUCACACAAGGAAUCAAGGAAAAACACAUUUAAGGAAAAACACCAUGCUGUUCUCUAGAGUAUGAGAGAGUCUGGAAUAUUCUUUUGACAAUAACAGGAAAAGCCAGCAUCAUUGUUUUAAUACAUGCAACCCUCUGUACAGACACUUUUCAAGCCACCAUUUAAAUUUGACAGACCAGUAGAUGUCAUGCUGUUUGAUUGUGGUAUUUUUCAUUUCCCUCAAUAUGUAAUGGUAACAGGACAGGGUGGAGUGCAAUUCGGUCUGUAAUCAUACAAGUGAUUAACAAAAUCGGACGACCGUGUAGCGGGAGUCCGAUUUGUUUAAUCACGAGUAUGAUUACAGACCGAAUUGGACGACACGAAGUUCUGUUACCAAUUAAUCAUAACUUUAACAAAAUUUGUGAUAUAUAGGGCUCUUUUUAAAUCAAAACACAAGAAAUUCCAAGAUUUUUUCGCUAGCAAUGAAAAAAAAAGCCAUUUAAGCGUGCGCGUGAUGGCGCGUACUGUCCAAUUACUUAGGCAUGACGUGUACUGUCCUAUUAAACUGUCCUAUUAAGGCUGAAAUCAGGGCAGUUGAGAACCAAUCAGAUUUGAGAAUUUUGUUAUAGUUAUGAUUAAGCUGGUUAUUGGCUUAAAACUUAUGUCAUUUUCAAUUUUUGCAGAACUCUCUUGAACAGUGGGCUAGCUGGCUGGAAAGUGUUGUAGACCAGGUUCUCAAACAACAUGAGGGAACUAAUGAAUUUCCCAAGGCAGCCAGGCAGUUUCUUCUUAAGUGGUCAUUUUACAGGUAACUUCCAUCUACUUGCAUCAAAUGAAAAGAUGUGAUUUCUGAAUUUAUGGGAUAUUGAGAAAGAGCAAGAUGAAAAAUUCCUUCUUGCCACAACAAAGUUUUCUGGAAGUUAAAGGGUGGGAUAUUAGCACUCUAAUAUGCAAAUCCUCUUAAAUUGACUUAAAUCAUCACAAUCAAUCUGAUGCAAGUAAAAUUUAGAAGGAUUUGUGUGUAGUCAUUACAGUGUGAAUGUACUUACAGUGGAACCUCACUUUACGGCCAUCUCGGAAAUACGGUAACCUUGUUGUUACGGCCACUAUUUUGUACGCCUGGCGAAAUGGCCAUACAUUUUCUUGUGAAAAACCCUUGUUAAUAUGGUCACCCGUUAUUUUUUUUUCCGUAGCAUCCCUAAUAUUGUACAUAGAUAAAGCCUUUUAUUAAUAUUUUUUAAUAUUACUUUUUAAUAUUAAUGUAAAUUUUUACAGAUGAAGAGCCACCUUUCAGUGGAAGUGCUGUAAUAAGUCUUCAAAAAAAUAUAUGGCCAAAUUUUUUUGGUCCAUUGGUGACUGUUUUAACAGGGUUCCACUGUGUAACAUUUUGCCACCAGGUUGCAUAAACAUGCUAGUAGUACUUUAACUUGGAUCUAUUUCCUUCCAUUUACUUCUUCCUUUAGACUUAAUGGUAAAGAAAAAAUUGAUUAAGAUCAAUUGAUAUUUGGAAAGAGGUUCUAAUAGUUGACUGUUUUGUUUGCUCCUUCUAGCUCUAUGAUCAUCCGUGACUUGACCUUGAGAAGUGCAGCCAGUUUUGGUUCAUUCCAUUUGAUUAGGCUUCUCUAUGAUGAGUACAUGUUUUACUUGGUGGAGCAUAAAGUUGCUAAAGCAAUUGGUGUGUCACCGAUGGCUGUCAUGGGAGAGGUGAGAUUCUAACAGUGUAACUGUUUAUCCCUUGGAGUGAUUGGCACGUUAAAUCUUUUUUAACUUCUUGAGAUAACAGGAAACGAUACUCAGGGUUAUCAGAAAGUUUUGAAGUAGAUGGCUGAGUUGUCAAAGUAAGCAGCCAGUCCAGGAAUAUUUCAGUUAUAAAAAGUUAUCCAUAAAGAAAAGCCAAGUGGAAUAGCUGACCAAUGCUAACCAAGUAGGCGCCGAUUUUUGCCGGCAGCCGGCUACCUUUGACAACCCUGAUACUCAGUGAAAAAGGCUAUUGAUUGUAAUAACAAAUUUUCCUUACUAGUAUCAGUGGCAAGGCUGUUCUCUAGUGGCACCUGGUUGCCUCUUGCGCCUAACUCUUGCUCCCAGGCAACUAGAAAAUCUUAGAUUGUUCAUCGGAAUCAUUUUCUGGGCACCCUAGAUUUCACAGGUUCAAAGUACUGGGCUCCCUUCAAUUUACCUUAGAGCACAGCCUCGAGUGAGAAAUGCAUGCUGAUGAAUUAUGCCAUAGUGAUAGAAUUAUGUAAGGUUUGAUUUGCUUCUUACAUUAACCCCUUAAGCCCUAAUAUCCACAGGCAAAUUCUUCAAACUGAUCUCUAUACAUUUCUUUAAAGAAUGAGGACUCGAGAGAAUUUGAGAAAAGAUCAAAGCAUUUUCUCUUUGGUGAUCAUUUAAUUAAUUCUUAUAACCUAAUCUCUUGACAUUGUAUGGAUAUCAUUAGGAGAAAAUUGAUGUUGGUCACUAUUGGGACUUAAUGGUAUCUUUUCCUCUUUUUGACAGUUUGUUGGGCUUGGCUCAGCUUUGUCCAUGGGCCUGGAUUCAGUAGACGGCAAUUUACUGACAGAGCAAACUGACUUAGCAUGUAAGUAAAAGCACUUAUCGUAAACAACUUGAGUUUUAAGAGGGGGAGCUUAUAUUUUUGGGUAAUUCGGUUGUCACUGGAAUUUCCAGUGGCAGCGGUGGUGUGAUAGUUUUGACUUGUCAUGCAGUUGUAAAACUUUUAAUACUUUUGUUUGUGUUGCGAUUUCCUUUCAAUGAAAAACAAAUUGUGUGCGACGAUAGGAGUCGUCAGUUCUAACCUCCUGGUAGCUAUUAUGUAUGCACUGCAUGUAUGUAGCCCGUAUUUUUUUGGACUCCCACUAAGAAUGAAUGAAAUGUAUAGAAUGCAAUCUGAUCAUGCAUGCUUUGACCACUAUUUACAUGUACCACUUGUAACCUGAUCAUGUACAGUUUGAUUUUCUGAUCACGUGAAAAUGCACUUCAUUUGAGGGUCAAUGUAUUUAGCUAAUGGGGACAAUAUUUUCAUGUCUCCUACGGAGACAGGACAGCAAUUUUAGGAAUUCACCUGAGCCACGCAAAGAUCUGGCCAUUUGUAGGGCAAUUAAAGAAAGUACAGUCAAACCUCUAUUAAGUGGUCACCCUUGGGAAUAAGCCAGGUGACCGCUUAAUGGAGGUUGACCGGUUAAUAGAAGUUUUCUAAAAUUAAGCCCAUAAUUGAUGAAGAAGUUGAUUCAGAGGCCAAACUUUAUCACUUUCUUUACAAUUAAUUUACUGUUCACAACAACUGUAACGUGGGAUAUGAUAAAAGUGUUUGGAUGUUCUGAGGAGUUCAUGGGUAAACAACAAUUUUACAGUAAUUCUGUGCAUAAGCAAUUCCAAAACCUUAUCCAGACAGACGUGUAUUUAACACCAAGGUUUAAUACAAUGACCGACAAUGUUAAGUUGCCUUUUAAGACCUGUGAAAGAAACUAGGCAUGCGUCUCUUAUCUUGUGCAACCGAUAUGUCUUUUAUUGAUUGUUUUGUAACAAUGUGACUGUUUAACAGACUGAGGUAAAUAACAAAAAAAUUAACCAAUUGGGAAAUCCAAACAUUGACUGCGUUCACCUAAUAGAGGUGACCACUGAAUAGAGGUCACAUUUACAGUAAAUAUGGGAAGCAAAUUUCGGGAAAUUGAUUGGUGACCAUUUAAUAGAGGGUGGCCGCUUAAUAGAGGUUCGACUGUACUUUCAUUUCUUAGUUUGUUUAAGACCCUAAGGAUUGGUCCACCCUGAUAAUCUAACCUGCGACCUCCAGCUCUGCACUCACGUGCUCUCCCAACUGAGCUAAUCCUGCCACGGUGAAACUUACGCAAAGCACAGCAUUAGAGCAAAAGCAUUGUGACCUUGCAUUGAUGUUGCUAACAUCCUUAACCUUCGUAUAAUUAUUAGUAGUUAGGUAGUAGGAUUGAUUAGAGCGGUUUUCAUUUGAGUAUCGUAAAACCAAAACCAAAGUAAUUACUCUAGCCAAUCACAAAGGACACAGACAAUACAGUGAACCAAUUAAAACUCGAAGUAAUUACAUGUAGCUGACGCAAAGCGCGGGAAAAUGCAUGCGAGCGUGACACAAUUGGUUUUGGUUUUCCUUCUGAUUGGAUAAAAAAGUGGCGCGAAUCUUUUAAGCCAAUCACGUAGCGUAGUAAACGCAAAACCAAUUACCUUUCGACACUCAAAUGAAAACCGCUCUAGUGACCAAUCCUUUUUAAAUCUUUUACUUGUAGAUGGUUCCAAAGCUCCUGGGUCUGGUAGCUCUCCCACUAGGCCGUCAGGAUCUGGGUCUCUGGAGCCAGAAGCUAAGCGACCCCGGCCAAGCUGAACUAACAAUAAUAUGUAACUUUGUAAAUUAAGAACAGAAAUAUUUUAUCCCCAAAAUCUUUUGAUGGUAUAAUUAUUAAUAUGAAGUUAAAAUGUUAUUAUAAAAGUAAACAAGAAACCAUGUUUCACAUAUGUUUAGCUAACAGAGCUACAUUUACCUUUUACUCAUGGGAGUUAAUGAUCCUGCUCGUAAAUUAUUUAUAUUGUUAUGAUGCAAGUAGUAUACAAAGGGAGGAUAACAGUCAGAUGAGCUAAAACCACAAACCAAAAUAGGCCCUAUUUCCUGGAAAAUCCCUGUAACAUUAGUUUUAGUGAUAACACGGUGAGAAAUAUGAAUUUUUCGACAUUUUAUCCUUUUACUUGUGACAGAAAAUGAAAGAAACCCCAAAUCUCUAAGCCAGAAAAAAGUAAAUCAAGGCCAGCGUUUGUAAUGGAAUCUCGAUAAAAUGACAGUUAAAAUAAUGAACGAUUUUCUUUACGCCAGUAACAGUAAAACGAAUAAAAAAGAACCUCGAUAUACUCUAACGUAAUCUCGGUAUAGCAAACAGAUUUUUCCUGUCCCUUGGCGGUUCGUUAUAUCGAGGUUCCCUUUGUAGAUCGUUUUUACUUCAGCAGCUUUACAAAUUUCUUGGAACAAAAGAACGUUUUUGCAUAAGAAAAGAGUUAAAUCACCACAGGAGUUUUUGGAACUCUAACAUGGCUAUCAUUUCAUUAUUUUCUACUCCAUGUGGUGUGUAAAAAUUAGGGAGAGCAACAUACAUUUUCUCCCGACAAUAUCUUUACACAAUCAAGACAAAAGGGUGUUGUGAGGAUUAAGAAAAUGAUCACCUGAAAAAAUUAUUGAUUUACAACAAAUUCUCUCAACUAAUUGUAUAAGGAAAUAUAUGGAGAUCAUUCUAGAGAAUUUGUAUGUGGAUAUUGGGGCUUAAUGAGUUUUAAAAUUCAUUUGUCGCCUUCUGGCAAAAGGUAUUUAUAAGGGGCUGCUGAAUGCUGAUAAAGAAUGGCCCUGUACUUCCACAGAAUUUCAGGGUAAUGUUAUUGGUUACAGCUCAAAAAGUUAAUUGAACUUAAAUUUCUCUCCGUUGUUUUGCCAACAAAACGUUUGUGGGAAUACCGAGGAAAAAGGACCUAGGGAACGUGUUAACUCUCUUUCUCUUUAUCGUCUCUUCAGUAGAUCUUAUUGUAAACAGAAGAAAUAGUCUUUUUGCAGUUGGGAAUCGUAGGAUACUUGGAAUAUUUGAAGUAUGACAAACAGAUGUCAUAAGUGACAUUUUGGCAAAUGUUAAUAAAAAUCAUCGUUAGAAGCCGCCAUCACCGUAGUUUUGUUUUACCUUAACUUCUCGUUUACGGUUAAUUACUUGUACAAAAAAUGGUACUUCCACACUAGUUGUAUCCAUAAGAAUUGCGUUGUGAGUUAAAAUUUGUAUAGGUAAUAGCAUGAUUUGUAGUGAUAUUUGGCAUAAAUACCACGAG